AUGGUUCAGCUUUCAAAGUUCCUUGCUGUGGCAGCAGCCUGCUUGGCUGCCCCGGCCAUGGCUCACCCAGGCGAAAAGCACGAUCCGCACAUGGUGAAGCGAGAGGUUCAUGCUCGCGACGCGAUGGCAGCUGUAGCAAAACGCUCCCUAGGAGGAUGCGAGAAUAGUCUACACGCGCGGGAACUGGCAAAGCGCAACGUUGCCCGGCGCUCUCGCACUGUCCAACAGCUCCGAAACAAACGUGGUGUCACUACAACCUCCCAAAAAUGGGCCCGAAACUUGGCUGCCCUUGAAAAGUGGGAGGCAGUUAACCACAACAAGACGGAUAUCCUCAACUAUAGCCCUGCGACACCGGAGUCAGUGGUGUUUGCAGCCAACACUAGCUGCAUCCUGACCCCAACCGUGACUGAUGGGCCUUAUUAUGUCUGGGGUGAGGUGAUGCGUCAGGACGUGAAGGAGGAUCUCUACUCGGAUGGGGUGGACACCUUCCUGGAAGUCCAGUACAUCGACAUCAACACCUGCCGGCCAGUCCCCGGUGCGCUGGUCGACAUUUGGCAAGCAAAUGCCACCGGUGUUUACAGUGGUAUUUCCGAGUCCGGCAACUACGCCGCUGGCGGCUGGGACUCUACGUAUCUACGCGGCAUUCAAUCAACGGACAAAGACGGAGUCGCGACGUUCGAGACGAUUUUCCCAGGACACUAUGAAGGUCGUGCCACCCACACUCACCUGUUGACUCAUCUGGGUGCAAAGCUUUUGCCGAACAAGACCCUCGAGGUGGGCACCGGCAGCGUGGCUCACAUCGGCCAGCUGUUCUGGAACGAAGUGCUCCGCUCUGCUGUGGAAGAUACCUAUCCUUAUAACACUAACACACAAGCCAUCACUACCAACGCCGAGGAUACGUGGUCCAUUGAGCAAGCCGACAGUGCUUAUGAUCCCUUCCCGGAGUAUAUCUACCUUGGCGAAGACCUCGACGACGGUCUAUUCGCUUGGAUUCAGAUCGGCAUUAAUGCCACCACCGAUUACACCGACAACUCGUAUUACAGCAUCGCUGCCUACCAUGAUGCUAAUGGCGGACACGAAAACUCUGACAGCUCUGCGUUGGGCAGCGCUCCUAGUGGCACCAACAGCACCAUGCCCUCGGAUAGCUCCUCGGCCAGUGCUUCUGCUAGUUCCUCCGCUUAA